AUGCGGCUCUGCAUAGGCCCGGACGACUUACAUGUGGACCGCGUCCACGGCUGCCUUGCUCUGCCGCCUCUCGGAAGCCUUCCGUGCGCCGCCUCCAAGCUUCACCUGACGCCCGAGGAAGCCUCGCGGCUUUCCACCGCGGCCCCCGCAAGCACGGGCCGGGGGUCUCCUCCCCGCCGCCGUUCGGCAGUCACAUGGCGCGGCCAACCGCACGGCAACACGCGCCCCCAGAACUCCUGGCGCGGCGCCGCCGAGGGUCCUAAAAAUGAGAGCAGAAGGUCUCAACCAACGCGCGCUGUUGUGUGCGUCGCAAGCGGAGCUCCCGUCGCACUGAUGGCGAGUCGUUGCGCCGCCAUCCCCCCGUGGAAGUCCCUCCUCCCCAUUUCACCGCCGGCGGGGGAGGAGGCGCGGCGCGAGGACAUCGCCCGCCCGCGGGCAACCCCAAAUGUUUUUGGGCGGAGCGUCUCGGGGCGCCGCCGGUGGGCGCCGCGGAGGCGGGAACGCGGGUCAGGUGGACACCACGUGCGUGCGCAGCUGUCCUUCAGACGGUCGGCGGCGGCCGCCGGGGACACCCGGGCUCCUCCGGCCGGGCGCCCGGCCCCUCGCCGUGCGGCGGGAGGCUUGGGCCCCACGCGGAGCUGCCCGCCGACGUCCCCACCACGCGCCCCGCGCACGAGGCAGCAAAAAGUCGCAAGCGCGAGAAGGCGGCUCAUCUCGGCGGCUGUGAGCUUGCAGCCGCGCUCAUGCCCCGCGCCCGGCCUCCCCGCUCCCCGGCCAAGGGCCGCUGCAUAA